AUGUUAUUACACAGUCUGUUAAUGCUCUUUUUGGCAAUUGUGGUGCUUCCUAUUGACUAUCAUUACAUUAUCUUAGAGGGCCUAUGGCCAUGUGGUCUAUGGCAUUCGGUUUAUGAUUUAUGA